AUUGACAGAAACAAUGUGAUCGAUUUCGCUUCGGUUGUCAAUUACAUUUCUGAACGAGUUUAUUUUUGCGACUCGAUUCGCGAAUUUUCAAAAGAAUUGCUUUAAUAAAAAAUAAAGAGGCUGUUAGAUAACUACGUGAAUUUGCCGACAAGAACUGAUACAAAUUAUGAAUCUCCAAAGAGCUUUUCAGCGAGUAUAUGGCGUUUUAUCGAACACCAAUUUGAACACUACUUUACCAUGUAGCUAUUCAGUCCGUCUGAAACAUACCAAGGAGGAGAUAAAUGAGCAUAGAGCUAAAGUUAUGGCCAAAGGACUGCCAGAGAGGAAGCCACUACCAGGAGUUAAGAGCAUAAUCCUUGUUGCCUCUGGGAAAGGGGGAGUUGGAAAAACUACUACUGCUGUGAAUCUCGCAUGUGCUAUGAAGGUGAUAGAGCCAGACAAGGAGAUUGGUCUGCUGGAUGCUGAUGUCUUUGGUCCCUCGGUGCCUCUCAUGAUGAACGUCAAUGGAGAACCCAUGUUGAAUGAUGACCAUCUCAUAGAGCCUUUGCUCAACUACGGUGUUAAAUGUAUGUCAAUGGGCCUGCUAGUUUCCGGAGAGAACGCAGUAGUAUGGCGGGGGCUGAUGGUGAUGCAGGCGCUAGAGAGGCUGACAAGGCACGUGGCGUGGGGUCCGCUCGACUGCCUCGUGGUGGACACACCGCCAGGAACUGGGGACACGCAUCUGUCGCUAGCACAGAACUUACCUAUAGAUGGAGCUCUGGUAGUAACUACGCCCCAGUCAGCAGCUCUUCAAGUCACGAAACGAGGAGUCAACAUGUUUGAGAAGCUGAAAGUUCCUAUCAUUGGCAUGGUGGAAAAUAUGUCGCACGCUAUCUGCAAUAAAUGCGGCUCUAAAAACUUCGUUUUUGGUAACGACACGAAACAAACUGCCGACCAAAUGGGUCUCGAGAUUAUUGAGAGCUUUGAGGUCGACCACAACAUGUCAGAGUGCAUAAAUAGUGGGAAACCAGCCAUCUACGCGCUCCCAGACAGCACGCACGCAGAGAAAUAUAGACUGCUAGCUAACAAAGUGUUUAAAUAUAUAGAGAAUAAGGAUAAAGCACAAGUGGAGGCGAAAGAGUAGACGCACAAUACGUACUUGUGUUCACCUGUAGUUGUUGUUAUAUUAUAUUACUGUUUUAUUGAUAUACAAAUAAACGUUUUAUAAUAA